AUGCAGACCCCUCAGAAGGCCCUCCUGUGGCAGGCCCUCGGCCUGCUGCUGGCCGCCGCCGCCGUCGCACCCGCCGCAGCCACCAGCGGCUAUUACUACGGCACCCGCCGCCUGCACAGCUACGGCUAUUACGGGUCCCGCCGCCUGAGCAGCGCCGGCGCGCCGGCCAUGCCCCACCUGCUGCCCGGCAGCGCGCGCCGCCUGUUUGGCGGCGUGUGGGAGUCUGCCCACGCCGUGCCCCUGCCCAGCCGCCUGGCCACCACCAUUGGCCGCAGCCUGACCUCCUACUACGGCUACGGGGGUAGCCGCCGCCUGAGCUCCAUCUCCUCCGGCCGCAGCCUGACCUCCUACUACUAUGGAUCGUCUGGCCGCCGCCUGAUGAGCGCCGGCGCCCCCGGCCGCGGCCUGGCCUCGUACUAUUACGGCGCCUCCUCCGGCCGCCGCCUGCAGACUGUGGGUCGCAGCCUGUCGUACUACUACUCGGGCAGCUCGGCCGGCCGCCGCCUGCAGUCUGCCUCCCUGGGCCGCCGCCUGUCGUAUUACUACGGCAGCAGCACUCGGCGCCUGCAGGCCGCCCCGCGGCGCCAGCCGCCGCCGGCCCCGCGCCGCACCUCCCAUGCGACUGACCGGCGCACGGCGCGGCCGUCGCGGCCCCCGGCCCGACUCUGA